AUGACGGCUGUCGCAAGUGCACCAGUCAUGAGCAAUCGUGAUUCUGGCACCGAGACGGGCACGGUACAUAGCCCCUCUCGGUUUACGGCGGUGAAUGGCAGAGACUCGACGGCCUCGGUUGGGGGGGUAAACUCCACCUCCGGUACACAGAUGGAUGACGGGGACCGAGAUGCUCCGUCUGGUGGGAAUGAGAAACAGGACGCAUCCCCCCGGGAGAAUCCCAGUCACUCGCAAAGGUCAUCACCAAUCGCUCACACUCACGCUUAUGCUCACAAGCGCAAGCGCUCGGGCUCUGGAGAUCUGGAUUCCCAAGAAUCCCAGGAUGUAGACGGAUAUGGACGAGGUUCUAUACCACGUCCUGGAGAGGCUCCUCCCGCCCGUUCGUCGUCGGCCUCGGAGAUUGAGGCGGGCAGCGGCGCGAUCGCCUCAGGUCGAUCUGAUACGAAUGAGCCUUCUCAGCCUCCGUCGAGUGGGCCCUGGUCUGAUUACGAGUCGCGUCUCAUCAACCAGGCUCAACGGGCACAGCAGAUCGAUGCCUCGGAUGCACAAUUGGCGGAUGUGCUACAGCGAGAAGCGCAAGGUCAGGACCCACGAUCGCUAGGUCGUCCCACAACCUCUGUCAACGUUCAGCCUGUACCAUCCUCCGCAUUUCCGGAGCGGCCGGCAAUCCAGGUGGCGCCGAAGAGGAAGCGCGUCUUUAGCAACAGAACCAAGACGGGUUGUAUGACUUGUCGUCGCCGGAAGAAGAAAUGCGACGAGCAGCAUCCUGCCUGUAACAACUGCACUCGCGGUGGUUUUCUCUGCGAAGGGUACUCCACGCGGACCCCUUGGCAGAAACCCUCAAGCUCCAAGGCACCCGUUCCCUUGCAGUCAAAGGAGGGAUACCCCGAUCUCGGAAAUCAGUACUUACCAGAAGCAGCGCCCUCGCAUGACCGACCGCCUACCGUGAUGGACCAUGCCGAGUCACGGAAAAUGAAACCAAUCGUUUUGGACGAAAUUGAGCGGCCGAGUCAGCAGUAUAACACCAGCCCGACGGGCACAACCCCCAGCCACACGUCAUGGACGAAGCGCGCAUGGCCAGGGCCAGGACCGGGCCAUCACCCGUAUCUGACAGAACCAGUCACGAAACCUGAUUAUAGAGAGAUUCCUCCGAUCCAUGAACUCCCUCGAGAUGGACCGCCCAAGCCAGAGUAUCAGGUUGUGCCACCCAUUCGGGAACUCUCCCAUGGAUCUCAUGCGAGACCUAGCAUGCCUAUGUUUCAGGCAGGGGAGCAUCGACCACUUCCUUCGGUGACAAUGGAUACAAAUAGUCCACAGGCACAGGCGAGGAUGGCCUUGGGAAUGGAGAACCCCCUUUCCAAUCGCACCGCCGGCCCCGCGGAUGAAACCGAGAAGGGAAAGAUGACGCGAGGGGAACUUUACCGGCCAUUUGAUAUUCAGCUGGUGGAGGAGAGGGAUCGAUGCCAGUGUGCUUUAUCACGGUUCAAUAAUGCAUGCAACCCAAUUUAUGGGCUCAGCUCAAAGGAACAAAAUCGCCUGCUCAAGGAAGUCCUCGUGCCGCCAUCAAAUUCGGUCAACUCUCCAACUGGCCCUUCUACACCUCGACUCGUCGGCUCUAUCGGGCAAGGAACACUGGUUGAGUCUCCCUUUAGAUGCCACUACGGGUGGAACAUCAAUCUUGAAGCAGAUGUCAUGGUGUCGGAGAACUGCUUGUUUGUCGACGACGGUGCUAUACAAAUCGGCUCCAAUACUUGGAUCGGUCCCAAUGUGACCUUGCUCACUGCAUGUGCUUCUGAUAAUCUGCAGCAUCGUCGGGGCCCACAAACCCUUUAUCAAGCAAAGCCGAUCAUUAUCGAGCAGGACUGCUAUAUCGGCGCCGGGUCCACAAUCUUUCCCGGUGUGCGCAUCGGACGCGGUGCCGUGAUCGAAGCUGGUGACAUGGUGAAGCGGGACGUGGCGCCUUACCAGCUAACCAGAAACCGGCCCGGCUACUAA